AAGCGCGAGGCCCGGCGGCGCCGCAGUACAGUCCGCUGCCCUCGUAGCCGAGUGGACCCUUCCUCGCCCGCGCCUGCGGUGGCGGCCUUGUCCCCGGGGAGGCGGGCGGGGGCCGCACCCAGACCCUAGGGCGGCCGGCCCCUGGCUCGUCGGGCCGGCAGGGCAUUAAUCCCGCCGGAGGGAGGGGCGGCGGCGGCCAAUGAGGCAGGGCCGCCGAGUUUCGGUCGAUACCGCGCGACGGGCCGGGGCGGAGGGCCCGGGGCAGCCGGGUUAAUGUUUGCCGAGCGGACGCGCUCCCCGAGCCGCGGGUACCCCUCGCUGGUCCGCUGGGCUGCCGUCCAGCGGGAGAGACAAAAGUCGCAAGGGAAGGGGAAAAACGAACUGAGUUUGUGUCACGGUCUUGGUGGACUUUUCGAGCUAACUUGUAUUUGAGAAAAACUUCAGUCUCUUGGGAAAGGAGAGGCAGGUGUGUUCCCAUGAAAGACGCGGUCUGAAGGGCCCGCCCCGCCCCCACCCGGGACGGUCGUCGUGCUAAUGAUGGGUUCUUUGGUGUGUAAAUGUUAAUUGUGUCUGUGGUUACUCGAAUUCUACCUAAGAGCGAGACCCAACUCUUAAAACGUUUGGCAAUAUUUUAGACUAAUAUUGAAAGUUUUUAAAGAAUUACGGGGAAAAUUCCCAUAACCGUGUACAUUUGUAAUGUAACCCACAGCUGCAUUAACUCAGUUUCUAACAUAACCCGUUGCUGAGCUCUAGUUAACCUUGUUGGAUUAUUUGUGCAUGUAAUAUGCUGUGCAGGCUUUAGAAAAUAGGUUAACAUUAUUCGAAAACGAUAUGCGUAACUGCUGUUGAAUUACUCGCUUGCAUUUUCUUUAUUGGGAAUACUGGGACAAAAUAUAGUGUUACCUUAAUGGCAUUUGCUGUAUGUUAUAUUGCUUUAUCAGAAAGCAGUUAACCAUAUUGUGGCCACCAGUCAUGUAAGAGUAUACAUAUUUCAUGACUAACUUUUGGGUUUUGGAUACUUUUUUUAACCAACUUCUGAUAGGAUUGCUUAAAUUUGCAUUUUAUGAUUCUAAAGGAAAUCCUUCUAGUUAGGAACUAGAGUAGAAACUACCGUUUUUUGGAAGCCACAUAAACCUACCAUCCAGAAAUUCCACUGUGUCAUUCUAGUGUGUCAGGCGAGAUGCGGGUUAAGCCAGCUGUUGGGCCAAAGUAGUGAACAAGCCAGACGAAGUCUUUGUCCUUGUGUGUGAGUGGGGGAAGUAGUCAGUAAAAAAAAUAAUAAUUAACAGAUAUUUAAUUACAAUUUGUUUGUUAUAAAGAAAAGUCUAAGAGUACUGAAAGAGACGUCGAAUUUAGACUAACAAGUCUGAGAUUGCUUUUCUGAGAAUAAGACAUUUCAACUGUAAGUCUGAAGUUAGUCCAGUGAAGUGGGAGCGGGUGGAAGAGAGGUGAAGUGGAAAAAGAGCAAUCCAGAAAGGUGGAACAGCUAAUGAAAAAUGGUCCAGAAUUAAAAAGACUGUCGGGCCGAGCAGAAAGAGUACGAGAGCAGAGCAAACAGAGGGGAGUAGGCUGACAGAUGGGUCAGGCAAGUAGGAGGAGCUGCAUCUAGGACCAGGGCCAUUAAAGAUUUUAGAACAGGGAUCAGAUUUGUGGUUGCCAAAAAUCCAGCGGCUGCAACAUGAAGAGCGCAAUUGGAAGAGUGCAGGUGGGAAGGGAAAAUGACAAAAAUGCUGAGUUUCUUCCGUAGAACACUGGGGCGUCGGUCUAUGCGUAAACAUGCAGAGAAGGAACGACUCCGAGAAGCACAACGCGCCGCCACACAUAUUCCUGCAGCUGGAGAUUCUAAGUCCAUCAUCACGUGUCGGGUGUCCCUUCUGGAUGGUACUGAUGUUAGUGUGGACUUGCCAAAAAAAGCCAAAGGACAAGAGUUGUUUGAUCAGAUUAUGUACCACCUGGACCUUAUUGAAAGCGACUAUUUUGGUCUGAGAUUUAUGGAUUCAGCACAAGUAGCACAUUGGUUGGAUGGUACAAAAAGCAUCAAAAAGCAAGUAAAAAUUGGUUCACCCUAUUGUCUGCAUCUUCGAGUUAAGUUUUAUUCCUCAGAACCAAAUAACCUUCGUGAGGAGCUAACCCGGUAUUUAUUUGUUCUUCAGUUAAAACAAGAUAUUCUCAGUGGAAAAUUAGACUGUCCCUUUGAUACAGCAGUGCAAUUGGCAGCUUAUAAUCUGCAAGCUGAACUUGGUGACUAUGAUCUUGCUGAGCAUAGUCCUGAACUUGUCUCAGAGUUCAGAUUCGUGCCUAUUCAGACUGAAGAGAUGGAACUGGCCAUUUUUGAGAAAUGGAAGGAAUACAGAAGUCAAACACCAGCACAGGCUGAAACCAAUUAUCUGAAUAAAGCCAAAUGGCUAGAAAUGUAUGGGGUUGAUAUGCAUGUGGUCAAGGCUAGAGAUGGGAAUGACUAUAGUUUGGGACUGACACCAACAGGAGUCCUUGUUUUUGAAGGAGAUACCAAAAUUGGCUUAUUUUUUUGGCCGAAGAUAACCAGAUUGGAUUUUAAGAAGAAUAAAUUAACCUUGGUGGUUGUAGAAGACGAUGAUCAGGGCAAAGAACAGGAACAUACAUUUGUCUUUAGACUGGAUCAUCCAAAAGCAUGCAAACAUUUAUGGAAAUGUGCUGUGGAGCAUCAUGCUUUCUUCCGCCUUCGAGGCCCCGUCCAAAAGAGUUCUCAUCGAUCAGGAUUUAUUCGACUAGGAUCACGAUUUAGAUAUAGUGGGAAAACAGAGUAUCAGACCACAAAAACCAAUAAAGCAAGAAGAUCAACAUCCUUUGAAAGAAGGCCCAGCAAACGAUAUUCUAGACGAACUCUACAAAUGAAAGCAUGUGCUACAAAACCUGAAGAACUUAGUGUUCACAAUAAUGUUUCGACCCAAAGUAAUGGCUCCCAACAGGCUUGGGGGAUGAGAUCUGCUCUGCCUGUGAGUCCUUCCAUUUCCUCUGCUCCUGUGCCAGUGGAGAUAGAGAAUCUUCCACAGAGUCCUGGAACAGACCAGCAUGACAGGAAAUGCAUUCCUCUGAAUAUUGAGUUGCUGAAUAGCCCAGACUUAUUGGAAACAACGAUUGGUGAUGUAAUUGGGGCAUCUGACACUGUGGAAACAUCCCAAGCACUGAAUGAUGUUAAUGUAGCCACCAGGCUUUCUGGAUUAGGGGAACCUGAAGUUGAAUAUGAGACAUUAAAAGACACCUCAGAGAAGCUCAAACAGCUUGAGGUGGAGAACAGUCCUUUGCUGUCCCCUCGAUCCAACAUCGAUGUUAACAUAAACAGCCAGGAGGAAGUGGUGAAGUUGACUGACAAAUGCCUUAAUAAUGUCAUUGAGAGCCCAGGAUUGAAUGUCAUGAGAGUUCCUCCUGACUUCAAGAGUAACAUUUUGAAGGCUCAAGUAGAAGCAGUGCAUAAGGUUACAAAAGAAGAUAGCUUAUUAAGUCAUAAAAAUGCCAGUGUUCAGGAUGCUGCCACAAACAGUGCUGUGUUAAAUGAGAAUAAUGUGCCCCUCCCCAAAGAGUCUCUUGAGACUCUGAUGCUUAUCACACCUGCCGACAGUGGUUCUGUUCUAAAGGAAGCUACAGAUGAAUUGGAUGCCUUGCUUGCAUCUCUAACUGAGAAUCUAAUUGAUCACACAGUUGCACCUCAGGUGUCUUCCACAUCCAUGAUCACACCCCGGUGGAUUGUUCCGCAGAGUGGUGUCAUGUCUAAUGGACUUGCGGGAUGUGAAAUGCUUUUGACGGGGAAGGAGGGACAUGGUAAUAAAGAUGGAAUCUCACUGAUCUCUCCCCCAGCGCCAUUCUUGGUAGAUGCUGUGACCAGUGAUGAAUGAUGGUGCCCGUCAACACAGGUGAAGAGGUGCAGUAUAAAUGGCUCUGGUCCCACUUUGGCAGAAGAAGCUGUCCUGAAGCAGAAGUGUUUACUGACCACUGAGCUCUAAGGGCCUGUAGCUGGAAUACGCAUCUCUCCAGCAUUCCGUCCUGGGAUCCGUUUCAGCUAGAAUAUGUUGGAUUCAGGAGCUUGUCCAUUAUUUGUAGGUAAAAAAAGCUGCACGUAGAUUUGACUUCAACUCCGUGAAAAAGACAGCUGUAUUUUCCGUCCAACUGGAAUUGUUGAAUCACACUGCAUAGCUGCCCAAAAGAGAGUGUUUGGUCUUGAACUUUCUAUACUUUUAUAAAUGUUACAAAUUCCCAAAACAAGGGAAUUUCUUUUUCUGGGGUUUCCUUCAAACUCUUGGCUCCACCUAGCGGUUCCAUUUGUUCAUAACAACUUCAUAACAAGCCUGCCUCUGGUAGUCAACAGCCUUUUGAAAGCUAUUUCCAUCUAGUAUCAGGGUGAGAGCAUCCUUGAUCUGGCUGCCUGUUAGAGAAAUUGCCCUUUUCCUGACUUACCUAGAAAUCAAGAAUUUAGGAAAUUAAUGUGGACACUAUAAAGGCAGACUUAGGGCCAACUUUUUUUUUUUUUUUUUUUUUACAAUUAUUACAACACUAAAGAGAAGUUUAGAAUAUAGAGAGUUUUUAAAUGUCUCCCAUUCUUUUGAUUUCUUAUUGUACCGGCUAUCUUAAUAUUUCAAGUUUACAUCAAGAUAAACCCUGAGAAGAACUACGGAGAAAUCAAAUAAAAUCCUGUCAUAUUUUUUUCAGCCUGCCUUUCCACAGGAAGCACUCACAGGCACCACACACGUAUCGUGUAAAUUAUCAGUGGGGUGGGUUACUGUUGAAGAGACCCUGGGGCAUUUACCUCAGGCAUCUGCACUCCUCCGAGCCCGGUGGAGAAUGCAGGCUGCUGUAGUCUCAGGUAAUGAAGGCACAGCACAGCAGGAACCACAUUGGUUCCUAUUUGGACAUAGACUUCAUUUCCUUUCAGUAUAAGCUGAAUAAAUUUAGAGCUUUCAAACUGGAAAAAAAAAUGAAACAAAACAAAUACACCAAGACCAAAAUAGGCAAUAGGAACAGGGGUGAAGGGAUGUUGUUUCUUAAAUACCUACCACGUAUGAAGCUAUACACAGCAUAUACCGAAAGAACUUGCAUUGCACUAGGAAUUCUGUGUUAGUUUAAAAGAGAUCUCUAAAACUUCCCCAUCCCUUUGGGCCUGUACAAAGAAAUUCUGGAUGUUAAAAUAAUAUAUACUCAUCACAGAAAAAUAAAGUAUAGCAAUGUCCAUCUGUAAUUCUAAUACCCAGAAAUAACGCUAUUUAGCUUUAUAAUUUUCGAAUGAACAAGGUAAACCUCGGUUGCCAUGGGGAAGAAGGAUGAUGUGGAAACCAUAUUGGUAAAGUUGUUAAUCCCUCGUUAUGGAGAACUGAUCUUAAGCUAUACCUCCUGGAAUUUGCUUUCUAGUCUUCUGUCCUGCAGUAUGUAUAUAAUUAAGCACUAAUUUGUACUGCUUAGCAUAAAAGAACAUCCAGUCUUAGAUCCUUAAAACUUCAUGGAUUGGACUUUCCUGGGCUCCUUAUAACAUAAUCAUGUGUCCAGGCAAACACACACUAGUGUCUGACUGGAAAGCUCAGGAAUUUUAAUCUUGCACUGUUUCCCAGGGAGCUGUAGUGAUCGGAACCCACUUUUGCACAAAACAUUUUUGCAGAAGGAAAGUCAACACUUCUUGCUGGCUGCCUCCCCUUAGCCAUUAUACUAAAAACAGCUUCUGAGUUUCACUGGUGGGGCUCUUGCCAGUUCUUAAUUAUAGGACAUAUUUUCUCAAAGCUGAAGGUGAUACCUAGAACCAGGGGCUUGAUCCAGGACAUGACGGAAUGAGCAUCAAAUUUUCAGUGUCUUGGCAACCGUAGAUGUCCUGCAGGGUUACCGUUGUGCUGCUCACCACAGAGCAGCUGAGGCAUUACGCCUUGGAAGACCUAAACCUCCCAUCCAGUUCAGGAGGUGACAACAUCCUUAUUUUAAACUUCCUAAAAUUAGGAAUUAGGUAGUUGGACAUAGUCUGUGACCUUUAUGUCUUUGGAUACCUGUAUUCUUGACAGUUAGAAUAUUGAUAGGGACUUUGUUAAAAUUCACUUGAAUUUCAAGCUCAGAGGAAAUUUUGUCUCAUGCCCUGACAUGAAGUGGCAAACACGGAAGUUCAUACUUGAAUGCUGAAUUGGCCCCGACAGAUUAGAUGCCUGUCGGGGAUUGGUUUCCUGUCAUAGCUGCUGCUGCUGCCAUGCGCAGAGCUGCUGUAACAGCUCUUCCUGUUCUGCUCCCCUGAGAACAGUGUGGUGGGGAGAGGCAGGGCUGAGGUGGUCUACGAAUGUGGCAGGUAGGGAAGGGGAGAUGCCUGUCUCUUGAGAAGAGAGAAGCAUGUGUGAACCCAUCAAGGAUGCUGGCAAAGAGGUUGCAGUUGAUAGUGGGUGAGAAGCAGGCUGGUGAGACUGGGCUGAGGUUGGAGAAGGGGCAGCCGGGGGCACUGCUGAGGGUUUGCUGUGCACGCCUCGGAGCACGGUGGGGUGGCGGGGAGCAGAUAGUGCUGCCUCCCUGCGGGCAGACAGGAGAGGAACCUCAACUCAGUCCAUUUCAUAGCCCUGAUAGGGGAAGUGGGAGUUGACAGGGUGGUUUAAAAUAAGAUGUGAAGGUUUCAGUUACCUGCUCUAGACUUCGCCUGAGAACUUGUAAAUUCAUCAGUGAGACCUAAUUUGUGACAUGUCAGUAGCAUCAUCUUUUGACACACAGGAGGUCAUGGUCAUUUCAUUCCUACUCUUCAGGAGACACUGCUGAACAGAGGAAUGAUUCUGUUCCUUGUGUGCUUACUUCCUUAACAUUUAUACAUUGUUUUAAGAAAAAACUUUUAAAACUAUUUCUUAUAGUCUCCUAACAUUUGUCUCUAGCCUUUGCCUUUGUACAAUCACAGAUAUCCUAUGGAGAUUUAAGGAUGAAAGCCCUGAGUUGUUCUUGGGUUUUUGGAUCUGGACUACUUGUUAUCUUAUGCUUCUCACUUCUGGCUAAAACUUGCACCUCUUCUCUUAGCUAAGCCCCAAAAUGAAGAUUUCCUUCAGAAGUCUUGUUAGCAGAAUUAUUUAUCAGUCACAGAGAGAAAAAUCUGCUAUUUUUCUAAGUAAGAGUCUCGAGAAGCAGAGUUUUUGUCUUGUCAUUGAGAGGAGUCAGCAGUCUUGUUCUGUAAAGGACCAGAGAUGGGAAAUACUGUCCCACUCAGCUCUGCUGGCGCAGUACAGCAGCAGCAGCCCCAGCACAGCUGUGUUCCUGCGGAGUCCCCUUUACAAAGCCGCUGACCCCUGAUGUGAAACUUUGUAGAGCAGCAGAGUGGCUGCGUGAAACGGGAGGCUGGCAGGUCCUCAGAUAGGUUCUGCAGUGUUACCUGUCACUUGGAGGCAGCCAACACUUCUGGACAUCGCAUCCUCAUUCACACAUGUGGCAGCUGAACGAGGUGCUGUUGUGGGUGUCUCAGCUCUGAGAGUCUUUGUGAGUUCCCACCGAUUUUUAAUUAUUCAUGCCCUUGGCCAUGUAGUUGCUUGGAAACCUGGGGUCUUCUGCAGACUGAAGAAGACACAUUUCUAGAUUAUUUGUCCUUUUUAUCCUCUCAGAAAUUUAAACACUGUACCUCUUCAGUGGUCAGAAGAAAGUUGGAAACUUUUCCUCCAUAUUAGGCGUUAGGAUGAGGACAUUUGUUUGAAUUACAGAAAUUUGCCCUGAGCUGAACUGGGUUGUGUUAACACAUUGGUAGAGCUAUGAUUCCUUCCCAGUUCUAAGAGAUAGGAUCUGUAAGUCCCUAUGUCACCACAUUGCUUGAGAUGAUCAUUCAGUUACUUGUCAGGAUUUCUCCUCUUCAGAGAGAUUUUUUUUUUAUAGCACAGAUUCCUUUGCCCCUUUUAUCUCCUUAUCUGGAUAUGAUAAGUGGUUAUGAGGGUCUCACUAACUAUUUUGUGUUUACCUUUUCUAUGUGUAAAACUUUGCAGUAGCAUUUAAAGUGUAAUUUAUUUUUCUAUCAAGUGCACUAUUCAUUUAGUGUGUUCCAGUUUUAUAUGACUUGUAUUAGAAACACUGCACUGAGUUGUUUGUACACUGAAAUGAGAACUCUAGAUGUAACUCUAUUCAAAUAAACCUUCGUGAGACAUUCA